GCCCCCUGAGCGACAGACACCAGGGCGCGCACCAUGGCCCCGCCGCUCCUCCUGCUGUUGCUGGCCAGUGGAGCGGCUGCCUGCCCGCUGCCCUGCGUCUGCCAGAACCUGUCGGAGUCCCUCAGUACCCUGUGUGCCCACCGAGGCCUGCUCUUCGUGCCGCCCAACGUGGACCGGCGCACAGUGGAGCUACGCCUGGCAGACAACUUCAUCCAGGCCCUGGGCCCGCCAGACUUUCGGAACAUGACCGGGCUGGUGGACCUGACACUGUCUCGCAACGCCAUAACCCGCAUCGGUGCCCGCGCCUUUGGGGACCUGGAGAGCCUGCGCUCCCUGCACCUGGACGGUAACCGGCUGGUGGAGCUGGGUGCCGGCAGCCUGCGCGGUCCCGCCAACCUGCAGCACCUCAUUCUCAGCGGCAACCAGCUGGGCCGCAUCGCGCCAGGCGCCUUCGACGACUUCUUGGAGAGCCUCGAGGACCUGGACCUGUCCUACAACAACCUGCGGCAGGUGCCCUGGGCUGGCAUCGGGGCCAUGCCCGCCCUGCACACGCUCAACCUGGACCACAACCUCAUCGACGCGCUGCCCCCGGGAGCCUUCGCCCAGCUCGGCCAGCUCUCCCGCCUUGACCUCACCUCCAACCGCCUGGCCACGCUGGCGCCCGACCCGCUCUUCUCGCGCGGCCGCGACGCCGAGGCCUCGCCCUCGCCGCUGGUGCUCAGCUUCAGCGGGAACCCGCUGCACUGCAACUGUGAGCUGCUGUGGCUGCGGCGCCUGGCGCGGCCCGACGACCUGGAGACGUGCGCCUCGCCGCCCGGCCUCGCCGGACGCUACUUCUGGGCAGUGCCCGAGGGCGAGUUCUCCUGCGAGCCGCCCCUCAUCGCCCGCCACACGCAGCGCCUCUGGGUGCUGGAGGGCCAGCGGGCCACGCUGCGGUGUCGGGCACUGGGGGACCCAGCGCCCACCAUGCACUGGGUGGGCCCCGAUGACCGGCUGGUUGGCAACUCCUCCCGGGCACGGGCCUUCCCCAACGGGACCCUGGAGCUCGGGGUGACGAGUGCAGGGGACGCAGGGGCCUACACCUGCAUCGCCACCAACCCUGCUGGUGAGGCCACGGCCCGAGUGGAGCUGCGGGUCCUGGCGCUGCCACACGGUGGCAAUGGCAGUGCGGACGGUGGCCGCCCGGGACCCUCGGACAUUGCUGCCUCGGCUCGCACUGCUGCGGAGGGGGAGGGCACGCAAGAGACCGAAGCAGCCGUCCAGGUGACCGAGGUGACCGCCACCUCAGGACUGGUGAGCUGGGGGCCUGGCCGGCCUGCGGAGCCGGUGUGGAUGUUCCAAAUCCAGUACAACAGCAGUGAAGACGAGACCCUCAUCUACCGGAUCGUCCCGGCCUCCAGCCGCCACUUCCUGCUGAAGCACCUGGUCCCGGGAGCAGACUACGACCUCUGCCUGCUGGCCCUGUCCCCAGCUGCAGGGCCUUCCGACCUCACGGCCACCAGGCUGCUGGGCUGUGCCCACUUCUCCACACUGCCAUCCACACCCUUGUGCCACGCGCUGCAGGCCCACGUGCUGGGCGGGACCCUGACUGUGGCCGUGGGGGGCGUGCUGGUGGCUGCCUUACUGGUCUUCACUGUGGCCUUGCUGGUUCGGGGCCGGGGGGCCGGGAAUGGCCGUCUGCCCCUCAAGCUCAGCCACGUCCAAUCUCAGACCAAUGGAGGCCCCAGCCCCACGCCCAAGAGCCAUCCACCGCGCAGCCCCCCACCGCGCCCCCAGCGCAGCUGCUCUCUGGACCUGGGCGACACUGGCGGGUGCUAUGGUUAUGCCCGGCGCCUGGGAGGGGCCUGGGCUCGGCGGAGCCACUCUGUGCAUGGGGGGCUGCUUGGGGCAGGGUGCCGGGGGGUGGGGGGCAGUGCGGAGCGCCUGGAGGAGAGUGUGGUGUGA